AAAACAAUUUAAAUAAUUGUUAAUCUGUGCGACGCAAUAUGUCGCCUGUCGGUGGAAUUGUGUUUGUCAACAUGUUAUCGAUUUUGCUAAUAUUUAGUGACCAUUUUAAUUAGUUUAAUUGUUUCGAUUAUAAUUAUACUGCCUUAGCAGUUUGUGCUUAAAUUCAAUCAAAUGAACUUAUACAGUAACUAAAUAACUAACUCAACAUUUUCUAAAACGUAAUUACUGCGACUUAGUUUAUUUAUUAAAUUGGAUUGACUAUUGAGCUUUACUUAAUAAUUUGUUAGGCAAGUGUUAUCUGUUAUAGGCAGCUAUAAAUGUCUAAAAUGAGACUCAGUGAAAAGAUUUCUAAAAACAUUUUCUAAGAAAAUUAGAUGCCAUAUGACAGCUCGAGGUAAAAAAUCAAUAAAAUCUGCAGUGUCUUAGUUACGUUGUGUUACGUUAUGCGGCACGUAUUUACGAAGUUUCAAUAAUCAACAAUGAGUACAAUGUUUUGUUAAUUAUAAGAAAUGGAAGGCAUGGUCACACAGAGGGUGACACCCCUAUUGAAAUGCAUAGUUUUAUUUUUAUUUAUCUUCACCGCAAAAGUCCUCACAUCCCGGCCGCAAGAAUCUCAAGAGACCCGAAAUGGCAUCCACCAAGUUAAGCCACUGCAUUAUGUGAGAACCUUCACAAAAUAUCAUCAUAGGAGAACUAUACAGUGGAAUAGUCAAGAUUUGAAUAACUAUUGGCCUGUACAAGAUCAAAAACAUGUUGGCAAAAGGAGCACUGAACUUCUUCAAUCUGAUAUUGAUGAUUUUUAUGACUGGCCAAAAGAAAAACUUAUAAGAAAAAGGAGUAUUAACUUUCCAUUUUCUACUAGCCAAACCUCUAAACUCAAAAGAAACAAUGAUUUGUUGUAUUUUAAAAAGAAUUUGCUCAAACGUAAAAGAAGUGUAGUCAUUCCUGAUUCAAAUGAGUUUAUUGCAAAUUCAGAAGGGAUUUCAAAUUUAAAUCAACUAGCAUCUGAAUCUGUAAAAGGAAACAUCAUUAAUGCUAUUGAAAAGAAAGCCAUAAAUUCUGGAAAAGAGGACCAAAGUAUGAAGAAUGGAGUACCAAACUAUAUAAAAAAAUAUAAAGUGAAGGCAGCCAUGGUUGUUACUUCAGCGCCAACUACAAUCGGGCCAACUAUAUCAUGUCUCUACAAGAGGCAUAAUGUGGCGAUAAGUGUCACACCAUCUUAUGAUGACGAAAGGAACGCUCAGUUGAUGGUGGAAAAUAAAAGCUAUGAUACGGGCCCCAUAUCUGAGACGACACUUCCAAAUGGUGAAACAGUGGAAGUGGAGCACUGCACUGACCCGCGUGCCUCAUGUUACACACUCUGGCUGAAACAAGAUGAAGGCAACAUCACUGUACUUGGACAAGGUUGCUGGUGGUCUUCACAAACACAAGGACGUAGCUCUUGUGACAAAUGCACCAGAGUGAGUAGCAGGCUUCCGGGCACAAACUUCUGUUGCUGCACAAAGAGUUUUUGCAAUGCUGACUUCAGGUCACUAAAAGAAGAAACGGUAACAAUGAAGGCAGAGUCCACAAUGAACACGACGUCGCAGCAGCCCAGUUACUCGAACGUAAUCGCGUCCGGUAUUUUGGCACUUGUCUCCAUUCUGGUCAUGGCAGUUGUCGGGAAGGUAUUCUGCUGUAAGAGGGUUGACAUUGACAAGGAUGAUAUGAGCGAUGGAGUUGAUGUUGAGAAAGGUGAUGUUAUGGGCAGUGGACCAGAUGCCUUGGCUACUGGACUUCUUUGCGUGGAUAACCUACCGCUUAUCGAACGUAUAGGCCAAGGAAAAUUCGGGUCGGUGUGGCGCGGUUCUCUCGGUUCGACGCCGGUUGCGGUGAAGUUGUAUUCGAACGCCAACGCGUGGCAGAAGGAGGCGGCUAUAUACACGCUGCCCAAUCUUUCUCAUCCUAAUUUACUUCGAUAUUAUGGCAGCGAGUGCCGCUCGUCGCUGACGGGCGGCGCGGGCUCGCAGCUGGUGGUGCUGGAGCUGUGCGCGGGCUCGCUGCGCGCGCUGCUCGCCGCCUCCACGCUCUCCUGGCAGCGGUUCGCCUCGCUCGCACACGGACUCGCCUCUGCGCUCGCGCAUCUCCACUCGCCCAGUGGCAACAAGCCGUGCGUGGUGCACCGCGACGUGAACAGCAACAACGUCCUGAUAUCUUCAAACGGUGAGGCGCGACUGGCGGACCUCGGACUGGCACAAGCUAUAUACCCCAGAAGGGAUACUACGCCGAGUAGGAUUACAGAGGCGGGCACGAUCCGCUACCUGUCCCCGGAGGCGCUGGAGGGCGCGCUGGACGUGCGCGACGCGCGCGCGGCGCUGUGCGCGGUGGACGUGUUCGCGCUCGCGCUCGUGCUGUGGGAGAUGCUGUGGCGCACCGCGCCCGCGCACGCGCACCGCACGCCGCCCUACGCGCCGCCCUACCACCACCACGGGCUGCCACACCACCCCACGCUGCACCAGAUGCAGACGUUGGUGUCCCGCAACAAGGCGCGGCCACCCUUACCCAAAGGGCCGGUACCAGACGCUCGCGUGCUCAAGAUCGCGUCGGACACGUGCGACGAGUGCUGGGACCACGACGCGGAGGCGCGCCUCACCGCCGUCUGCGUGGAGGAGCGCAUGGCCGAGCUCAAGCAGAUGCUGCAGGCUCCUGCCCCACUCAUACACGACAACAACUUGCAUCCCAACACAAACCUGCCAGCCGACGUUCACGUCUCACCCCUACCAGAAACAGAUAAAAACUCGAACUGUACUAUAGCCCAAAAUAGUGACGCGAGCACCCCCCUACUGUACCCUCAACCACACAUCGGCAGGAAUGCUUGCAUCGAGCGAAACACUCACAACAAACCGCAACAUACAGACAAUUUUAUACACAAGAGUUUAAAGGACAUCACAGCACCAACAGACAUGGCAAGAGUUCCAAAUGCGGAGGAAACUUACCUAUCUGUAGCCAGAGAAACACACACAAGGCCGCAAAUUCAGGAAAACUCCGGUAUGAACGAGAUCAGGUCGUACCAAAGACCGUUGGAGUACGUUCCGAAUGACGUCAGCAGUCAAGACGUCGUCAGGGGUCCGAAACAAACGAAUUUACUGCAAGAUAAAACAGACAAGUCCAAAUGGGGCAUAAGGAAAUUCUUUGAAAAAUUUAACAAAAACAAACUAGAGACUGAAGUAAAACUGGUGCCUGAGAGUGUCCAAAAGACUAAGAUUUCCGUAGUGAACGACAAACCUUCUAACAACAUACCAUUUAAUAGGCCGAGCAACUUAGUUCUGAAUCAAAAUCAAUACAAUUUUGAAGCCCCGUGUCUAUCGCCACCGAACAAGACACUGUCGCCCACGAUGAUGUCGGAGAACAACGGAGUUUUAGGCUUCAAAGAACUCCCAGCUAGGGACAACGAAGCCAAAACUCCGAGCCAGAUAUUCGCUGUUAUCGUCCCUAAAGCCAAACCUGUAGAUUUCAUGGAAAUGAGAAGCAAGACUUCUAGAGGAAGUUCGGAAAGUCUGAAUAAGCAUUCAGUGCGUACUUCUAUGUCAUCACAAAGUAUGUUUAAGUCAAAUUCAGAGUCAGAAGAUUCCACAGUCAAAAAGCGACUCAGCUGCGAUAAUAAGAUAAUUACUAACUCCAACAGUGGUCGAUCGUCACGAGCUAGCAUCAACUUGGAACUUCAAUAUAUUGAUAACCAAGAAAACUACAACCAAGUCAGUCCUUUUGAAUUGAACUCGGAUUGUUCGAGUAGUGAGGAUGAGCAUCUCAUGUUGUUAUCUGAAAAUGGAGGAUCAAAAAUCACAAUGCAGACUGUACCCAAGCAAGAGCCAAAAUAUCAAAAUGAAGUACUAAAAGAGAGUAGUCAAGCUAAAACCGUAACUUUUAACAAAUUCCAGAAUAAAUACACAAAUUUUGAUAACGAAUUUAGCGAUCCGAAUGACAAGGAGAACCUUGUAAAUGGUUAUAGCGGAGACAACCCUGUUUAUUUGGCUGCGCUCAAUGGAGAAAUUGAUACAGAUUUUAAAUUCGAAAUGGAAAAAACGCCCAAGUCACCCAAGCCGUCGCUCAAGAGUUUGUCGAUAAAACGUCAACAUUCUUUGGAGCAGGUGAGUGAUAUAUUUGCCUCGUCAGGAGAUUUGAAUCUGCAAAACCCUGCGGGGCGGGUGAAAACUCCAGGGGACUUGCCUGUUGCCAUACGACGCGCCAGGAGAGACAGGGUGUUGCAAAAAGGCAGGGCGAGUGAAUGCAACAGGCUUAGUUUGUACGACGACAGGAUGAUGUUUGGUAAUAGUUUGUAAUACGGCGUUUUGAGGUUGUCUGUCCAUCGUAGGGAUAGUAGAUAGUGAAUUAUUGACCUGGGCAAAGUUUGCAGAUAUUUGGAGAUGUCUUGGCAUGAAGUAAGGUAUACUUGGGUGGUUUCCCAAUGUUUGUUCUGGUAUCGAUAUUUUUUAUGAUAUUGGAAUUGAUAUGUUUUAUUUGAUUUUGACACGUGACUGUCAUUGGAAAGGUUUUGUGGAAAUUCAGCCAUUCAACUCUUUCACUUUUUAUAAUACGUUUUAUUUAUUUAUAUUGACGCUGUUUAUAAAAUUACUAUAAAGCCAAAUUCACCUUUUUUGAGUGAUAUUUAUUUUAUAAGACAACUUUUUGUCAAUACUUUUUUCUUUAAUUUAAUAACGAUACACAAAUAUUUUGAGAUAAUUUUUAACGUCUGUGACAUAGCAUAGUGGAAAUUAGUGGUAGAAAGAUGGACAUUCGAUCUCAAACAGCAAGGGGAGAUUUAGCGAACCUAAGAACGUACAAUGUAUUCUAUUAAGACACUAAUCUCUUUUGUGUGUCAUCCUAUUGCAUUUGUAUGGUUUGUUAUUUAUAAUGUAUUGCUGUUUAAUUCACAGUACAGUGAAGUGUGACAGUAUGCAACUAAAUAAUGACUAUUUUUUAAAGUACUAGAAAUAGAGUUUCCACAAUCGAUAUCUAAGUCACAAAUACAAAUUAUUAUUCGAUUGACAAUGGCUAUUACGCUGCACGAUUUCUAAACGUUAAAAUAAAAUGGUACACAAACUUCAAUGCACAAAAUAUGGAUUUAUUAUUAUCUUAGGUGCGAGAAUGCUCAUUCACUAUAUAUUUUUGAAAUAUCACGUAGUACUUGUAUAAAUUAGUUGGCAUACUGUCGCACUACACGUCAGCGUUUACCGCGAGUAUGCAGUUACCUCACGUCUGUAGUUAUCUCGAAUAAUUUACGAAGCUUGUUCGUGCACCGAGUUUUUUCUAUUCCAUAUUUUAAUGUCAUUAGCACUUUGAAGUUUCGAAAGGAUUAUUUGAUGACACUUGCAGUGCUUACCUGAUUUUUGUUAUAAUAAUGUUAACUUUUUUUGGUUACUGUUUAUGUUAAUACUUAAAGAUAUUUUAGUUUAUAUAGGGUGAUCAAUGUUUUUUUAAGAAACGGUUGCAAAAGAUGUUCUCGUAUUGCGAUUUGAAUACAAGAUGAACCGAUUAGGCGCAUUUGUAUUAAAGGAGGUUUUCAUAGUGUUAACUCAAAUUAAUUUGCAAUUUUAUAACUAUAACUAACUUAUGUCGUCAUUUUCAAUAAAGGAUGCCAAACGCUUUUUUUUAUCCUUCGUGAAAAUGGACCAAUCAGAACAAUGUAUUUUGUCAUUUUUCGAAAUGACAUAUUUUGAUUGUUUUAUUCUCGAGUUUGAAUCGGAGAUAACAAUUCGGAUCGUUUGUUGAAAAUGAUCGUUACUUGAAUAAUUGUAAUACCCACAAUUAAACCAGGAACUUCGAUAUAACUAGAGUUAACGCUAACCUUGGUUAAAACAAAUGGCCGUUAACCACGGUACAACACAUAACUAAAAGCCUGCAAGUGGAACUUUAUGUUUUUAACAUUGUUGAAUGUGAUUUAUUUUUUAAGUAGUUAUUUAAGUUCCUAUUAUGUGGGCCAUGGUUUUUAAUUUGUUUUUUUUUGUCUCGUCAAGUUAAGUUUACGGAUAUUUGUUUUAUUUUUUAAUUAACAAUUACGUUUAAAGUUUAAAAUUUUGUAAAUAGCACCGAUUUUUGUAUUACUAUACGUACCUAUUUGGUUUUUUGUGAGAACGGGUGAACUUUUCAAUAUUCAAUUUCAAAUACAACCAAGUGUAGAAGCAAUAAAAUAUUGCCCAAUGCUAAGUCGAUAUAAGAGCAGUACCAAUUGAUAUGUAUUGGGUAUUAAUAAUCUGAAUCUAUUUAGGUCUCGUUACAAAGGAUCAAGCGCGAAGUCAGGGUUGAGUGAUCCUUGAUGCAAUAGGCGUAUUGUUUUAUUUGUAAUUUAAAUUUGUCCCAACGCCUUAACGAUGUUCUAGAUUAGCUCCUAUAUUGUAAUAGACUUACAGGUAUCAAAAAUCCGUAUUGAAUUGUUCUUGUUAUUCGUAUUGAAAUGUUCUCCCGUUCGGAAGACCAACAAUUGUUCAUCAUUCCAUAAUUGUGAAAUAGUGAAUUAUGUAACUCCAAAAUGUAUGCCUUUUGUAGUGUAAGCUGAUGGUGGUUGUUGUGCCUGUUUUAUUGGAUUGCAGCUAUAUGAAUAAAUAUUGAUUAAGAAGUUAAUGUUGAUGCCGACUUGCUUCACAAUUGGAGUUGAUACGAUAUUGUUUCAUAUCUCAAAAUGGUUAGAGCAUAAAUUCUAAAAUGUUUAUUUUGCUCGAGGUACCUAUGACGUAGGUUGAGGCGAGUAGGUCUUAUCAAAGAGCAUACUUUACGAUUAACUUGGAUAAAAGCCUUAACGUAAUAAAAAUAUUUAAUAAAACAGCUACAAUAACUAUGAUCAGUCAGUAUCUUCUACAAACAUAAUAUAUUUCGCUAGUUGACAUUAUCAGAUGCAUUUAUCACACAUAUAAUAAAAAUAGCCUGGAUUUAGAAAUAGAUUUAAAACACGAAAUUUAUCGAUAAAUUGUUAUAAUGCAUUGAGAAUAUCCAGUGAUUUCAUUAAAAUUAAUGCUGGGCUUACAUGAUGGUGUGUUCGGUUCGACAGUGAUCGGAUUAUUAUUUAUAUUGUUUUGUGAUUCAUAUUAGAUAAAGGUAGAUUGAGAUUAAUUUAUAGAAAAUGUUUGACACGCUGUGUAUAUUCAAAUAAUAUAAUAUUACCUUUGUAAUAUUGCAUUAUAUAGAUAGAUACCCGAAAAAAUUAAGUUUCAGAUAGUACCUACCUGGCCCGCAGUACCCGUACGCAUUAAAACAUCUAAAGUUAAUACGACGGCUUUUAUCAUAGCAAUGAAAAAUUCUCACCCGUUGUUUAUCUUUAUUUUCAGACUUCACGUAUAUUUCCAUACAAUUAAUCCGAUAGCUGUUCGUCGUCAUUAAUAUAACAUCAUUUAAGCUCAACAUUCUAUACUCUUUAGUACCCCGUACAAAUAAAAAAUAUACGCUAUACCACGCAUUUAAAUAUUAUAAUAGUUUACAUACUGUUCUCAUGUAUCUGUGUUCCUAGAUACAUAAUUGAUAUAGGAAUAACGUUGCUUAAUUUGACAUAAAAGACAGACCUAAGGAUUGAAAAACGUUGACAUGUAUACCAAGCUUUAUAGCUACUACUGUUAACACUUAUUAUAGCCUGACUAAGAAAAUCAAAAACCUUCACCAUAUUGUGUUAAAAUAUGGAACUAAUUUCCUAUACUGAUAAUUUAAUUUUACAAUGGAAAAGCGUAAGUGGCGCCCCCAAUCAGGUUUUUUUAUUUUCCUGGUCAGUUUUACAGCCUAAUUAAUAACAGUUUACGUCUGUGUUAGUUAAUCAUUGUUUUGUUGAACUAUGUUGAACAAAACAAAACAUUGUAUAGCCGUAACAGACGCUAAAACUUUUAUUAAUAUGGUUGCUACUGUCGAAUGUGUUUUUAAUUAUCGAUAUUAGGUUUAAGAAAUACAGGUAUUUUUUACUGUUAUAUUUCAAGACUGUGUUUGCUUUACUCUUUACAAGUUUCCACUGUUGUUCAUUUUACUAUAGUAUUUUUUAUACACAAUAUUUUUAAUGUAUUUUUACCACUUCCGUUUAUGUGCCUCGUCAUGGCUAGGAACACAGAUAUUAUUGUUAAUAAUAAGGGACAGAUUGAUUAAUCAAGUGCAAAGAACGGACAUUGGUUUGCUUACCGUAACAUAUUACCUUUUUUAAAUAUAUUUAAUCAUUAAAAAUAUGUACCACAGUUAUACUCUGGGCAGCACCAUAUUUUUUUCUUUAUUUUAGAAAGUUUGAUAAAUCAUUUGUGUAAUUAGUUUUAAUAUCUUGUAAAGCCAAUAUAAACUAACCGACGGCUAGAAAUGCUCUAGUUCAUUUUGUUUUUCUAAUUAUUAGAAUCUCAUAUACCAACGUUAGCGGCACACUCACACCAGUAUUAUACAAUUUUCUACUUUAUUGACAUGUCACAAUUUGUGGUUAUUAUCUAUUAAUUCAUAAUGAAAUUCAUAUAAAGUAAUUGUCUGGUUACUGUGUCCUUAAAGCACAUUUUAGUGUGACAAUACAAUCAGUAUAAUUGACGUGAUUUGAAUCUACUUACACAAGUCUUCCUUUUAGGUAUUAAACCUAACUUUUAUGGAAGUAUAUUUUUCAACCCAGUUUAAUAAUAAGAACACUUGAUUAUAUUCAUUUUAAUGCGAUCAUUAAGUAUAAUAUUCUUUGAAUACAAGUUACAAGGUCCGUUCUCUGUACUUACAUAAAUAUGAAUGUUUAGAAAUGUUAAAGAUUUGCGCGUCAACUGGCAACCUGCAUAAUUGUUCAGCGCCUCCUUGGUCCCCAGAGACUGUUUCAUUAAUAUCACUUGAGGUAAUAAAGGUUUAGCACUGAAAUAAGGUGCAUUUUUCUAAGAACUUGUAAUGUUUGAGAAAUGCAAGUAUCGAAAUAUAAUUGAUCUAUAUUAUGUCAGCACACGGAAUUACAGGAAUUUCGAUUUUAAAGAUGAGAAAAUCAGGCUUCUCAUGGCAGUUGACAAAUGGCUGCAACGAGGCUCGCAGUACCUGAAAUUUAUUUGGAAGAGUCGUGAUGAACAGCCCGGCCAUUUUGUAUUGGCAUAAUUCAGGAGACAUUUCUAAACAUUUUUAUUUAUAGUUUGUGGUACUGUUUGCAACAAAUUUGUAUAUUUAAUGCCGCGUACAGACUGGUGAAUGUGAAACGCAACAUUUCUUUGCAGCACUGAAGGUGCAUUUUUACGUAUCUACUUACCUAUUGUUUUAGUUUUGUAUUGUAUUUUUUAAAUUGAUUAUUACUCUGGGAUUUCUGACACUAGAACGUUGGCUAUGUAUAGCGUACGCGAGAAAUAAGUUCAAACUAGGAAUUUGUGUGUUUUACGUUGUAUCAAUCUGUAUGCGGCAUGUGGUGUACGAUUUGCGUUAGUACAUCAGCGCGCUUCAAACGAACCGAUAUUAGCUUGUUGAUAUUACCGUGACUUACGAACGUUACACGCGAAAUAUAUGAAAUAUGUUUUUUAUAAAAAAAAA